AAAAAAAAAAUCUCCAUUUAUUUUGCUUGUUUAUAGUUUGUUUUGCUUUAAGAAGCGCACUUGUUUUUCUAGUGUGAUUUUAUCUUUGUUUUAUAUGUUUACAUUUCCUUACCGCUGAAAGCCUGUUAUCAAGCCGGAUGGGUGUGUGUGUGAUUGGGCUUACAUGGAUUCCAUGAGUAAUAUUUCAAGACUAGAAGCAAAACCUUAGGAAAAAACACAGGAACAGCGCAUUUCUUAGUAACGUUAUUUCAACACACCGGUAUUCGUACAGAACCCGCCUUCCUACGCGGUGGUUGGUCAGAAGUCACGUGUCAUGUACACCUCAGUCAAUAGCAAAGCAGCGAUUGGAAACUGCAAGCGGAUCUUUAAAGGCAGGAGGCGUGGUCUUACGGAACGCAGAUGGGAAAUGUAACAGUUGAGAAGGGAAGCGUGUGAUACAAUGACGCGGAUGUGUGUUAGAAGUUUAGAGAAGAGAGGAACCGUAAUGAGAGGCGCACUACGUGAUUAGGACCUGAGUCACGGGGCAAGAACAGGUGUGAAUAUGGCGUCACACCUGUGGGAACGCUUCACCUCGUCGGUGGAAAACAGCACCAUGCGCUCGGACAACAGCUGCUUCAGUGGCACCCAGAACACGGUGCUGAUGGGUGUGAGAUUUGGCGGAGUGCCCACUGUUCUGCUGCUUGAUUUCCUCGUCUUCGUAGUGCUGCUGCUGGUCUUCUCUUGUAUCAGGAAGACACUCUGGGAUUAUGGGAGACUAGCACUAGUAGCCCAGGCUGAAGGGUUUAAUGAGAUUUCUAGACGCCGUUAUGGGAGGAUGACAUCAUUCAUGUCCACUGGAGAGAGUGAGCAUGAGAGAGGAUUUUUUUCAUGGCUGACCUUCAUCAUCACAAUGGAUGAAACCAUGGUGAAAGAGAGAUGCGGGCUGGAUGCUGUGCACUAUCUGUCAUUUCAGCGUCAUCUCAUUGUCCUCCUGCUCGUCAUCUGCGUGCUGUCUGUUUCUGUCAUCCUCCCAGUCAAUCUGUCUGGAAACCUGCAAGGGGAUGACCCAUAUAACUUUGGUAGAACAACCAUUGUAAAUCUUAAGAAUGGGGAUAAACUGCUUUGGUUGCACACAGUGUUUGCAGUUCUGUACGUCAUCCUCACGGUGGCACUCCUGAGACAUCACACCUCUCAAAUGAAAGGCCACAGAAGAGAGACAGCCAGAACAACGCUGUUUGUUUGCUCCGUCCCUCCCUCCGCCAGCCAAGACAGUUUAAGAAUUCAUUUUACAGAGGCAUACCCGACCUGCGAGGUGAAGGAUGUUCGUUUAUGCUACGACGUCGCGAAGCUGAUCUAUCUGACAGCUGAAAAGAAGCGAGCGGAGAAAAACUUGUUGUAUUACAACAAGGUCCUGGAGUCCAGCGGGCAGCGGGAGGUCAUCAACCCUCGGCCUUGUGGGCAUCUCUGCAUCUGCUGCACCUGCCCAGGAUGUGAAAGGGUUGAUGCUAUAGAGUACUACACUGAACUGAUCGCACAACUCGAGGAAGAUCUGACAAAGCAAAAAGAAAGAAAGAUGCAGCAGCCACUUGGAAUGGCUUUCAUCACACUCCAGACUGAAUCCAUGGCAGCUUACAUUCUAAAAGAUUUCAACGCACUCCACUGUGGGACUCAGGAAAUGACUAGAGCGAGAGGAAUAUGUUGCUGUUCUAGGGAGCCUCAGCCUUCAUCCACUAGUGAAGAGCUGAAAGUUAGAAAAUGGAGAGUGAGCUAUGCAACCCAUCCAAAUAACAUCUAUUGGGAGAACCUGUCUAUGAAGGGUUGGAAACGGUGGACCCGAUAUAUGGUUCUGAACAUUGGACUCUUUAUCCUGCUCUUCUUCCUCACCACUCCUUCGAUUAUCAUCUCUACCAUUGACAAGUUCAAUGUCACAAAGCCCAUCCACUAUCUAAAUAGUGCCAUUAUCAGUCAGUUCUUCCCAACUUUGCUCUUGUGGUCCUUCUCUUCACUGUUGCCCACCAUCGUCUACUAUUCUACACUGCUGGAGCCACACUGUACCAAGUCGGGUGAGAAUAUAAGUAUGAUGUACAAGCUCUACAUCUUCCUGCUCUUCAUGGUGCUCAUCCUGCCAUCACUCGGCCUCACCAGUUUAGAUGUGUUUUUCCGAUGGCUCUUUGAUUCCCAGACUGAGCAGAAGCUGAGAUUUGAGUGUGUGUUUUUGCCGGAUCAGGGCGCAUUCUUUGUGAAUUACGUGAUCGCCGCUGCGCUGAUCGGUUCUGGGAUGGAGCUGCUCAGAUUGCCGAGUUUAUUGCUCUACACCGUGCGCCUUGCUCUUGCACGUUCAGCUGCCGAGAGGAAACAUGUCAAACAGAACCAGGCAUACGAGUUUGAGUACGGGGCAAGGUACGGAUGGACACUGUGUGUCUUCACAGUCAUUAUGGCCUACAGCAUCACCUGUCCUGUUAUAGCACCAUUCGGUUUUCUCUAUAUAAUCCUAAAGCACCUGGUAGACAAACACAACCUGUACUUCGCAUACCUUCCCGCCCGCCUCGACCGACAGGUGCACCUGGGAGCUGUCAAUCAAGCCCUGGCUGCGCCGAUCAUCUGUCUGUUCUGGCUCUACUUCUUCUCAAUCUUCAGGGCAGGAUUCACGGAUGUGAUUUCUCUCUUCACGUUGGUGGUUCUGUGUGUGACCAUCUUCAUCUGCAUCAGUUACACCUGCUUUGGCCACUUCAAGUACCUCAGUCCUCAUAACUAUGUUGUCAAGGAUGAAAAUGAAGACUCUGAUGAAACUGCAGAAAAUUCCACUGGUGCUGUGUACCUUCCCCAAGUUUUGUACCCUGAAGAUGCCUCCAAGUCUCCCGCAGAAGUCAGUCACCACCAGUCAUAUGGCGCUAUGGACGCGAACCCAGCUGUUCCCAACACGCAAGAAUAUCUGGACGCUUGAUGCACGGACGUCAAUCAAAAAGCGGUCCAACACUCACGACUUUCUGCACUUAUUAAUGUACGAGGCGGGACCGCCGGUGUGAGUAAAUGAGAUGGCAGGGUGGGGGUGGGCGGGGGCGGUUCUGUGACUGAGCAGAAACCUCAAGCAGUCCUGACGAUAACAAUUAAACUUGUUACAGUUUUAUUUCCAGAUGUUGUGUGUGGUUUAUUAAGUCAAUUAUUGAUCAGUUACUGAAACGUGAGAUCCGAGAAAUCCCGAAGUUGGGACAUCCAUGACAAAAUGUCAUCAUGCAAUCCGAUUAAUCGGAAAACUUGUUUUUGGUUUUAGAGCUGUCACACCCCAGUCAGUGAGCGCAUUACAGUGCUUUAUGGCACUAGAAUUAAUUCAGGCAUGGUGGGAUGAAAUGCUGGAGUUAAAUAUAUAUCUACCCUGGGGGGUUUUCAGUAACAAAGCCGUUUCAACAAAGCCCUAAACCCUUAAUUAAGAAGUAUGCUUUACUCAGUGCUCCACCGAACGGCAUAAUCUAAACGUUGCACAAGCUUUUUGGCGCCGUGUCCAAGGAGAGAAAGCCAAAUGAAUUCCGGCUGUUUGUGUAAAGAGACUUUCACCGCACGGGUUCUUAGGCUCGACAGCUGCGUUAGAAACGUCUGAUUACAUUUUCGUAUCAGUGUGAUGAACGAUGAUAGAAUUGUUAGUAUGUUGUAUAAUAACAAACAGAUCAAAAUCAAAGAUAUUGUUAGAAAAAUGUCAAAUGACAGUACUUGUUGGGGUUCGAGAUCCUGCUUUUAAAAUUGCUUGUGUUCUGAGUCGAUGCUUUUAAUUUUUUUUUUUAAACCUGAUGUUUUGACAAAGACAAAGACUGUAUCUGGGUUUCAUCCAUGUUGUUGUUAUUUUCAUUGUGCGUGUGUGUGUGUGUGUGUGUGUGUGUGACUCACUUCUUUAUUAUUUUAUCGUGCAUGAAGUUCUGAAAGUGCUCAUUUGAAAUACACUCUGUAGAGGGCACUGUUUUUCUACGAUGCCUUUCAGAGAUGAAGGUUUUUAAAAAAAUGUUUUCUUUUUUUUUACGGGAAUAGUUUCAGAGUUUUCAGAGCUCUAACGAUUGUGCAACAAGUUUAAUGAACAUGCUUAAUUUUGCAAGAAAAAAAAACAUACGUAUUAGUAUUCUUGUCAUAAUAAUGAAAGGGAAAAUACGUUUUAUAAUGUUAUAUAAUCUUCCAGAACUGCUGAUUCACUGUCUCUGUAAACACUUUCAGGACCAAUGUUUUACUUUCAGGAAGGACAUCAGGAUUUGAUUAUCGUUUUUAAGUCUGCUAUCUGCCUCGUCUCAGUAGCUGUGGCAUCUACUGUAAAGGUAUUAUGAAGUUUGGGUGCCCAUGUUACCAUCAGAUUCCUGUUCUUGAUUGACAGGAGCGGAUCCUGAUGUGUGCUCUUCUGCUUUUGUAGCUCACCCACCUUUAGGUGUGAUGCUUUUUCUGACCGUCCCUAUUAGUACCAGGGCGUUUCAACCACAGAACUGACUCUGAUUUGGAGUUUUGUCUUUUUGUUUCUUCAUUCUGAUGUUUGUUUGAUCAUUAACUAAUCAUUAAUGUGGUGACAUAGUGGUUAGCACUGUCGCCUUGCACCUCCGGGGUCUGGGUUCGAUUUCCGCCUCGGGUCUGUGUGCAUGGUGGGUCUCCCUCAGGUACUCCCGGUUUCCUCCUACAGUCCAAAGAAAGACAUGCAGAUUAGUUUAAUUGGUGUUCCCCAUAUUGUCCGUAGUGUUUGUGCUUUUGUGCCUUAUAAUAGCCUAGUCUACUUGAAGUCCCCUUCAACCCUGUAUACAGGAUAAGCAGUAUAGAAGAUGAUUGAAUGAAGAUGAAUAUACUGCCACCACAGGAUUUCCUUUUUAGAUGACUGCAUGAAUGCGCAGGUGUGAAGAUGUUCCAAGAUGCUAAAAAUUGAGGCGUAUUCUGAUUAUACACUAUACAUUUUAUAUAUUGUGUAUUGCUUGUUUGAGCAAUAUUGUAUGUUUUUCAAGAGAAAAUUAAUAAUAAAAGAAAGUCUUGGAGAUAUUGAAGUGAUGACACCCUUCCCUUGAUACUGAGACAGACAUAAGAGAAGAGGGAGUUGAUAAGCGGAGCGAAUUAGUCUCGGUGCCAGUGCAUGAGGAAAGAUCAUGGGAACCAGAUGCAUUAUCCAGAGAGCAGUAGUGGGAGUGACCUGGCCUUGCUGUUCUUCUGGAUCGUAUCGACAUGCUCCAUUUGCAAUCCUUCCCCUGAGCUGUGCUUCUCCUCAGCACCGUGUGCCCUGGUUAUGGUCGCUUCCGAACCACAGGGCAUGUGCCCCGUCAUAGACUUCGGUUCACCUCGGUUGUAAAGUGUGCACCCUUUCGACGGUCCUGCUCCAGCUGGCUACGGACUACAAUUGCCGAAAUCUUGUAGCUGAGUAAUUGUUUUUACAGUGUGGGUGUGUUGUUUGGACGGUUUGCAGAUUGCAGCGUGGGAUUUUUCAAAAUGACCAAAACACAUUUUGACCAUAUGUCUAAUAAUACCUUUCUCUUCCCGAAUUUUUCCACGCCAUACACAUGCAUGCCAAUAUACGGCUAGAAUAUGGUUAAUUUUAGCAUCCUGUGACCAGCGUUAAUGUUCCUUCCUGUGUUCUGUAGCCACAUCCAGAGAGUCUGAGUGGCAUUUAAUAUCACAAUGAACUCAUCAUGUUUAGAGGAAAAUAUACUGUGCGUUCAUGAAUUUGCUUUUAUGGAGCAUGGGCAAACCCCUCACACCCACAUGUUUGGCAGAUAUCUUUGUCCUCAGCAGAGGGUCCGAUAGUGUUAGUUCUUAAUAUUCUUGUUUAUAGGCCAGGUCCAAGAAGGCACACUUUGUAGCUUUGUUCACAUUAAUUUUGAGAUUCCAUCUGUUGCUAAAAAUAUGCUAAAUCUUUUCAAUUCAUUGCAAGACUAAUGCAUUUUUGAUUUGUAUCCAUCUGUUUUUGUGUCUUUGGCCAAAAUGUUCAAUAAAAUUGAUGCAAAGCAGAACAAAGCUGUGCACUUUUUUUCCCCCUGUAAAUUAGCAUUUCCUUAAACUCUUAUGUAUACACAUGUGCAUUGCAGACUCUUCAAAAAGCUGCCAAAGAAGGAAAAAAGAAAUUAAUGAAUGUAUUUGUACCAUAUUCAUCCCUCCAUUUAUCCUUUGCAAUCCAACUAUGGACCAUGGAGGCCAAUGUUAAACAUUGUAUUUUUUCCCAUUCACGACUAACAUUCACACGUGCAUUUCCACACUAUAGGCAAUUUGGAAGUAUAGGCACCAAUUAGCCUGAUCUGCAUAUCUUUGGACCGUGGGUGGAAACUGGAGUACCUGGAGAAAACCCACCAAGCACGGGGAGAACAUGCAAACUCCUUGCACACAGACACAAAGGCUGGAAUGGAACUCAGACCCUGGAGGUGCUAGAUGACAAUGCUAACCACUUUGCCAGCAUGCCGCCAUGUACUUUAUAUCUUUAUGCAUAUGUUAGAAUUAUGUACAUACAUUCACUAUUGUUCUGUCAGACGUAUGUGCAAAAAUUUACUCAGUUUUUGCUCAAACUUUGUUCUGUAUGCAUUAUACCCUGAUCAGCCGUAGCAAUAACGUUGAUUAUCAAUCAUAUGCCAUUAAUCCAACUGGUGAAAGGAUCAAGGGCAUCCAAGGGUCACCCGUUCCAACGGGACCAAAAGCUAGUCCAUUUGGACUAACUAUAACUCCACAAAAAAGCUGAUAUAGCACAAAUCACUGAAAAGAGUCAUUGCUGGUCAUGACGGAAAGGCACCAGAACACUAAGUGCACAAGCACCCUGCUGUCACACCACAGAGCACCCCCAGUGGUGUUGUGGAGUCAUGGCCUCAGGGGCCAGAGCUGCCCUGGUGGCACAAAAUGGACCUACACAGUAUCUGGACUGGAUAUGAUGUUUUGCGUUAUUUUGUCAAAAUGUUUAUGUGGAGAAAUGUCUGUUCUUUCUAUUGAGGCCUUGGAAUGAACACCAAAAGCAAAUAUGCCCAAAUCAGGCUCAGUAGUUUCACAGUCUGGUUUGGCAUAGUGUGCACGUUGAGAAACAUUGCACAAAAAGUUAUCAUCAUUUGUCUUCCUCAAUUCCAACAGAUCCAGUCAUUUAGAUGCAGGAUGAGAGCCUAGUUCUACUGUAUAAUCACACUUCUCUCACCCAGCUCAUGCCCUCUUCUACCUCUGGCAAGGAUUCUUAAAAUCAGGCAUUAAGUGAUGUUGACUUUGCCUAACUUACAACACUAAAUAUCGGUUCGAUUCAGUUCAAUUAUGUUCAUAUAGGAUUUUUAAGAACGGACAUGGUCACAAAGCAUAUUUAUGGAAUUCUGCAUGUGAAGAUAUUUAAUGGGCAAACCCAUUGGACAAAAAAAAAAAAAAAAAAACAUGACAGGAACCAGACUCAAAGGAAAAAAAAAAUUUCUGAGUGACACAGAAUAAUGUACUGUAAGUCCUAAUUAAUUAACAGCUUUAUAAUGAAUGACAGGAUGCUACCUUCACCAUAUUUCCAUCCAUGAAAUUUCUGCCCUGCAAAAUCUGCACUGUUCAGUGCUAGUAUUAUAAACUGGGAUGCAUCUAAGAGCAACAACGGCUGAACCAGGAAACUUACAGAAAGGGUCCGCCAAGUUAAUGUCACCUAUGAUCUGUUGAAUCACUCACUACGGAGUUCCAAACUGCAUCUGGAGGCAACAUCAACAUCACAUUCCACACGUUUCUUGAAAGCCUUCCCAGAAAAGUGAAAGUGGUUAUGGUGGAGAUCAGCACCAUGUUAAUACCCAUAGUUUUAGAAUUAGAUGUCCAACAAGCUUAUAUACAGUAGGUGUCAUGGUCUAGUGUCCUCAAAUUUGAUCUUUAUGCUCCCUAGUAAAUUCAAAACUUUUUUCUGAUCAGUCUCACACAAUGGGUUUUCUAAUGGACACACAUCUGUUUAGUUAUGAUCUAUUAUAAGUGGGGAAAUGUACUUACUUUCAUUACCUUUUCUCUGCCCACAUUUCUCAACACAUGGCUCAGCACAAUCAGUCCAGGUUUUAAUAAUGCAUUGUAUGGUUCUUAACCCAGUUCCAGUAAUUGUAAUAUUUUCUUUGCUUGAUGCAAGUCAAUAAUUUGACCUCUCUGGAAUGGGAAAACUUUUUCGGCCAGGCAGCGUAUAAUUCCGAACAAGAAUUGUAUUGGUUUUUAUUUUCUUUACUCUGUAUAUAAGAGGUAUCACAUAUAGCAGUGAAACUGAUUUAUGGUUUAUUAUUUUUCACAUUUAUUUUGGUCUUCAAAAGAACUCUUAAAAGUGUAAAAAUAUGUACUGUAUUUGUAUUUGGUACGGGACAAAAGAAAAUGUUCUGUUUUAGUCUUGUAUAUCUUUCACUGUUUCUUAUGGCAGCCUUUUAUCUCUAAGUUAUGAAAAGUGAGUCUGCACAUUGUUAAAGUUUCUCUCUCUCUCUCUCUCUGUGAUGUCUCCUCAAGCCUGUUUUUCAUCGUGCAAAAGGUGGCAGGCUAUUUAAAUCCUGGAAGUACAUGCAACUUACUGCCUUUCCUAUGAACGUAUCUGUCAGUCACAGACUAAAACGGAUUUUCUUAUGAUGUCACUAUAAACAGUUCUGUGCAAAAGUUUUGAUAAAGAAAAUGAAAUUAUGUAGAUUAAAUUGAAGAAACGAGAACAAAUGUUUUACUGCAGGAACCUGCAAAGUCGAAAGAUACAGUACAAUUUAAAAACUGGUUGUUUAUGUAACAGCCUCAGCAGCGACCUCAUUUCCCCUCUCGUCUGUUUGUAAAUGAGUAUACUGGUGAGUACUGGAGUAUUAGUAUACUGGUGAUGCUGACACUCAGCAGUCAGCAUUACCAGUAUACUAAUCACUGGCCUGAUCAUCCGUCAUCAUCUGCACCUGUUUCUCACUGGUCCAUCAGUGAUUCAUGUGUCACUGUGUGGCUAAACAACAAAAAACAUUACUCUGAAACUGCUCAGGUACAUGGACUGGACUGAAAAAGAGAGACAAAAACUUUGCAAAAGUGAGAGCCUAAAAGGUCCCUCAGGAAGCCUGGAAAACUAUUCUUUAACAUUGCAGAUAUCUGCAUAACAUGAUGAAGUGAAGGGUGGCUCUUUGGCACUAAGUUGAAUGGUUCAGAUACAAGGUUAAGGGUUUUGUCCACUGAUCUCGUGUAACGGUGUGCAUAAGGUUUACUUAUGCUAUGUUUUAUAAUCCUGUAUAGUUUGUGAUAUUCUCUACAUUUCGUUUCCGUCCAUCUCUUAAUAAAAUAACUCACCGAAUCGCUUCUAGCUGUCCAUGUGCGCACAGAAUUUUGUGAAGGCCUGGAGUUCUGUCCUGAGUGUAUUGUGCCUUGUGCCAAAGGUUGUCUGAGAUCAAAGAGACAGAUCUCAGCAGAUCAAAGGGUUUGUCAUAUUAAAGUAAAGUUUCCAAAUGAAUACUGAUCAAAUUAUUUUGAUUUACAUUCAGUGGGUUGUUUGUCAUAUAUUGCAGCUGGAAUCCUGUUUUUCCUAAAAGAAUUUGUUCUUCCUAAAGUGCGUGAUGCCUUUAUUUUUAAACUAUGAUGCUGUUGAUAUACAUACAGUAUAAAUUGCAUUUAUUAUUUUAAAUAAAUCGGUUUUAGCUGUAUUGUUAGACAACACCUGCAUUACAUCUAGGCUUACGAAAUCAUUGUCUGAUUUGUUUAAACGUCAUCAGUUUUAAAAAUCAUGUUAGUUCACGUAGUAACACACACCACUGUUCCCUGAAAUCAGAGCCUAUGCAUAAAGAAAAUCCAGGAAUUCCUGUAUCCUCAAGUAUAGGCAUUAUCCUCAAAAUUGCCGGUCUGCAUUUUAACCUCAUAGUCGCUGGUUUAAAUCCAACAUGCUGGUGUAAAGGGCCAAAACAAUAACCCAUCCGGGGUGAAGCAGCAUGCAUCAAAUACAAGCCAGUCAUUUCGCUCUAGAAUUUCAAAUAAACCACGGACACAUGACGCAGCGAGAUUUACUGCUUUCUCCUAGCGUGUACAUGGUGCGUGCAACCAAUCAGUAUUUGGCUCUCCUCAUUUCCACAGAGAAAGUGUAUUGAAUCCAGAUAUCCAUGCACGGAUAAAACAUGAAAUGAGUAUAAUCUGCUUUCAAUUGUUUCAGAUGGUGUAGAACCAAUGGAUUUGAUGCAGAACACAGGUGAAACAGCACUAUUAAAAAACCCACUGAACUUUACACGGGUAGUAAAAAUAGUCGGCUUAAUUUGAUACCCCCUCGUGUGCUUUAUAGCGGUUGGGUUCUCACAUUCAUAAGAAGUUCUCAGAUUAGCCUGUUAACCCAAUCAUUUACAAUAUUUAUUGAAGCUAAGUUAAAAGUGUAGGGGUUUUCAUGGUUUAUGGUUCAGGUCUUUGGUGUACUUAGGCGUUCGGGGCCCCAGAGGAGAACAUGUUCGUAUAAAACCCCCCAAAGAUUUGUGCAUCAUUUACAAGCAGUAACUUGUAACACAAUGGACAAUAUUGUUUUGCCACUGCUAGGGGCCGAACCAUGCUAGAGGCAUGGUUUUCCCACGAACCUUUGCAGAAAAAAAAACCUUUUUAAAUGGUCAUUUAAUUCUGUAGAAUAAGUAUUCUUAAAUGAUUAUUUUCUAAUUUGUGUGUUCUUUCAAGAGACAAUAGAAAAACUUACCACUAUUGUGAUUAUAGUGGAAGGAGAUGAUCUAGCUUACCAAAAGAUUUAUUUUAUAGGUUUUGCCAGACCACAGCUUUUGCAUAACUGCACAUUCUCAUAUAUAGUAAGGAGAAUUUUUUCUGCAAAUACUGGAAGCACGGUUUAUUUGAGUUGUUUCAGGUGUAUAAAUAUGACUAUUAUAAAUUUUGUGAACCUUUCAGGAUGUUGAAAAAUCUUUACAAGUACAAAUUUUAACAAGUUGGUGAAACUGCUAAUUAAACACCCAUCCUGCUCCCUGAUGCCUGUAUUCGUAGGAAGGACUUUAUAUAACGGCUUAAUACCAUCCAAGGGCAGAACCUUGGGUUCACCAAAAGGGGGGUUGUUAAGAUCUAUGUAGGGUGUCUUAGGAUGAGCAAAUUAAAUAAAGGUACAUAGCAAAACAGCAUGCAAUACAUAUUCUGAUAAGGGCAGUUAAAUAUCAUCAUUCAGUUUCUACAACAAAACAAGAUAUUGGCGCUAAAAAAUGUCUUAUGUACAAUAGGUGAAAAAGUGAAUUUUCAGGUAAGAUCAUAUGACACUAUUUUUCAUAAUACUUAAUGCUUCUUAUCUCCCGAUCCAUGCUUCGUUUUUUUGUAAACAUGCAUAAACAAUUAUACAGUAUUAAAAAAAACACAUUUGCUAAAUAAAAUACAAUU